UGACCCCGGUCUGCCCGGCGUGGUCAAGAUGGCGCUGGCGGUCAGAAUGCGCGUCCCUUGCCGCGCGCUGCUGUGUGCGGGGGCCCAGCUCCGGGGCGCGGCCCUCGGGCGGCCGGAGUGGGCGGCCGGCGGCGGGGACGGCGCGCGGCGAUUCGCGAGCCUCCGGGUGCUGGUGGAGCCAGGGGCCGAAGGGGUCGCUGUAAUGAAACUGAAGAACCCCCCAGUGAACAGCCUCAGUCUGGAUUUCCUAACAGAAUUCCUCAUCAGCCUGGAGAAGCUGGAGAAUGACAAGGCCUUCCGAGGCGUGGUCAUCACUUCGGACUGCCCCAAUGUCUUCUCGGCUGGCCUGGACCUGAGAGAGAUGUAUGGGCGGAACCCAGGCCACUAUGCUGAGUACUGGAAGGCUGUGCAAGAGCUGUGGCUGCGGCUCUACCUCUCCAACCUGGUGCUGGUGGCUGCCAUCAAUGGGUCCUGCCCAGCUGGAGGAUGCCUGAUGGCCCUCACCAGCGAUGUCCGCAUCCUCUCUGACAGCCCCAAGUCUGUCAUAGGACUGAAUGAGACCCUGCUGGGCAUUGUUGCCCCCUUCUGGUUUAAAGACACUCUUGUCAACACCAUCGGGCAUCGAGCCUCGGAGCGGGCCCUGCAACUGGGGCUGCUCUUCCCACCAGCUGAGGCCCUCCAGGUAGGCCUAGUUGACCACGUGGUGCCUGAGGACCAGGUGCAGAGCAUGGCGCUUUCAGUGAUGGCACACUGGCUGGCCAUUCCAGACCAUGCCCGACAGCUGACCAAGGCCAUGAUGCGAAAGGCCACAGCAGACCGCCUGAUCAAACAACGUGAAGCAGACAUCCAGAAUUUUGUCAGCUUUAUCUCCAGAGAUUCCAUUCAGAAGUCCCUGCAGAUAUACUUGGAAAAACUCAAACAAAAGAAAGGCUAGGAGUUGGGGUGCCAUGGAGGCUUUUAGUCACAUGUGCCCUGGGCAGGGGGGCCCUCUGGUCCCAACGGAGUUAAACACGGUUAUUUCUCAACUUAUAAGUACUUUUAGCUCUUUGUUCUUCUGACUUCUUAGAAGAUCCUAUUCCUUGUAGCCAGGCCAGUAUCCCACAGCCCACCACCACCCACAAGAGUGCCUUUUCUGCCUGUCUGGCAGCAGGAGCCAUGGAGGGCACUGCCCUGACUUAAGAAUCAUGAACUUGCAGGUGGGGCCAUUCUGGACCUUGGCAAGGUCACACUGGGCAGCCUUUUCCCAAAGGAGAAUUAUAAAUAAAGACCUUGGGUUGUCCCAUCCCUC